AUGUGCAACAUAGUUCUGACAGCAGGUCUCUGCCUGGUCAUCGCCAGCUUGGGCUCUUCCGAAAGGCUGGUGUGUUACUUUAACAGCUUGGCCGAAGAUAGAGCAGAUGCCGGGAAGUUCACGAUUGAGGAUAUCGAUCCGAACAAAUGUACCCAUCUGAUCUACGCCUUCUCUGACAUCAAUGAUUUCAAUGAGAUGGUCCCGACUAGAAGAGCAGACAUAUUUCGAUAUCAGUUGUUUAAUGGGCUCAAAACCAGAAAUCCUUCACUCAAAACCCUGUUGGCUGUUGGUGGUCCAACCUUUAACAAAGAAAAAUUCACUACGAUGCUGUCAACCACACAAAAGAGAACAACAUUCAUCCAGUCUGCUGUCGCACUACUGCGAAUAUUUCAGUUUGAUGGGUUAAACCUGGACUGGAUGUAUCCUGUGGGAGCAGGAGGUGACCCAGACAACAAGCAGAAAUUUACACUGCUGUGCAAGGAGCUCAAUGCUGCCUUUGAGACUGAAGGGAACAAACACAACCGUGACCGAUUAAUCCUCACAGCAAGUGUCUCUGCUGAGAGAGAGGUUAUUGAUGCCAGUUAUGAAGUCAAAAACAUUACCAAGGACCUGGACUUCCUUAAUGUGCUGACAUAUGACUUUCACGGCCCCUGGGAAAAUUUCACAGGACAUCAUAGUCCCUUAUUCGGGGGAUCCCACGAUACUGGAGACAAAAUCUACUAUAAUACUGACUCUGCCAUGCAGUAUUGGGUGGACAAGGGAGCACCUGCACAAUUGCUAAAUUUGGGACUAGCUGCAUAUGGGCGAGCUUUUUCCCUCUCCUCUGCAUCCAGUGCUGUUGGAGCUCCAGCCAGCGGCACUGGUGAAGAAGGCUGCUACACUGGUGAAGAAGGAUUCUGGGCCUAUUAUGAGACUUGCCUUUAUACUGAAGGGGCUACAGUCCAACGGAUUGCUGAUCAGAAAGUUCCAUAUGCCAUCACAGAAAACCAGUGGGUUGGAUUUGAUGACACACACAGCAUUAGUACAAAGGUCAGUUACUUAAAAUCAAAACACUUUGGAGGAGCUUUUGUUUGGUCUCUGGACCUGGAUGACUUCAGCGGAAAGUUCUGUAACCAGAGCAAAAGUCCCUUCAUCAGCCACCUGAAUUCUCUCCUGUCUAAGUUCUACGACCACAACCCCUACUACCACUACAACUUUUCAAAAGACCCAAACUACUACGACAACAUCUCAAACAACUAUGCCAACGAGCACAACAACUACUCUGAUGACCACGAAUACAACUCCAACAACCACAUCAACCACUCCAAGUACAACAACUCCAAGUACCAGUACCACAACUCCAACGACAACAAUCGCAAAAACCUCAACCAAAACUCAAACUACCACAUCCCCUACGACCACAACUACUCCAACUACCAUGACAACAACUCCAAUGACCACAAUCGCAACUAUGACAACCAAAACUCAAACUACCAACACACAAACUCAAACUACUACCAUAACUAUUCUAAGUACCACAAAACCAACUCCAAUGACCACAACACCAACUACCAUAUCCACCACUCCAACUACUCCAACUACCACAACAACAACUCCAAAAACCGCAAUCGCAACUACCACGACCAAAACUCCAACCACCACAAUAGAAACUACCAUGACCACAACAACUACUCCAGCUACAACAACUACUCCAACUAA